CCGCCCUGAGGGGCGGUGGCGAUGGCGGAGCUGGGGGGAGGCGGCGGGAGCCCCGAGUCCCCGGUACAGGUGUCUAUCAUUGUGCCUGUUCACAACAGUGAAUGCUGGUUAGAUGAAUGCUUAAAGUCCGUUUGGGAACAAGAUUUUAAAGGAACCAUGGAGCUGUCGAUUUUUAAUGAUGCCAGUAAGGAUGGUUCAGCUGAAAUAAUUGAAAGAUGGAAGAUCAAGUUGGAAGAAGUUGGUGUUUCGGUAGUCAUUGGAAACAAUAAUUCCUCUCAGCCUCGAGGUGUUGGAUUUGCUAAAAAUCAAGCAGUAAUUCAGAGCUCAGGAACCUACCUCUGCUUUCUGGAUUCAGAUGAUGUGAUGAUGCCACAGCGGGUUAGGCUGCAGCACGAAGUUGCCAUUCAACACCCAAACAGUAUUGUUGGUUGCCAAGUCAGAAGAGAGCCACUGGACUCUACUGAACGAUACACUCGCUGGAUCAAUAACCUGACUCAGGAACAACUUCUUACACAGGUGUUUACCUCUCAUGGACCUACUGUGAUCAUGCCAACCUGGUUCUGCUCUCGAGAAUGGUUUUUUCAYGUGGGAAGGUUUGAUGAGGGUGGAAAGGGUGUCCCAGAAGAUUUGUUGUUUUUUUAUGAACAUCUCCAGAAGGGUGGAAAAGUCUUCCGAGUAAACCAUUGCCUCCUGCUCUACCGAUACCAUCCACAGGCUGCAACUCACUCCAUCCUAGAGGGAACCAUCUGGAAUCACCGAGUCAGGUUUCUUGAGGACAGAGUCCUGAGCUCCUGGACAUCGUUCACCAUUUGGAAUGCUGGCAAGCAAGGCAAGAGGCUCUACAGAAGCUUGUCACCAGCUAAUCAGAAAAAGGUAACUGCAUUUUGUGAUGUCGAUGAAAAGAAAAUAUCAAAAGGAUUCUACACUUAUGAGGAAUCAGAGGAGAGACCAAAGCCAAAAAUUCCUGUGUGUCACUUCAGGGAUGCGACUCCACCGUUCGUGAUCUGUGUCAAGCUGGAUUUGACAGGUGGAGUCUUUGAAACAAACCUGGGCAUGCUGAACCUGAAGGAAGGGACAGAUUAUUAUCACUUYAACUGAAUCCAAGAGGCAGUGCUGGAAUCCUGUGGUUUGCACAACACCUCAUGUCAUCAUCUUGCUGUUGAAAUGGAGAAGGUUUUGUCUUUUCCCUUUCCCCAGGAAGGGCAGAGGAGCAGUGUCUGCACAUCUGUGUCUGGAAUGUGGUGCUGCCAGCCUGGAAUGCUGUCUGGAAUGAKGCUGGAAGGGCCCAAGGCAGCAGCUCCAGCCACCCCAUGUGUUGUGCAGCUGCCUGGGAACAGCCUGUGGGGCACAUGGGCACCUCCAUGAACAAACGACCCCUGGAGCACAUUCCCACCUCACCUUGGGCACCAGCUGAGGUCUGGGCACUUUCAGGAGGUCACAGAGGCAGUUGCGUCUCUCCCUCACCACGGGCAGUUCUGCUUCCCUGGGAGAGGAAAGGGUGCUCUCAGUAAAUUCAUACACAUCCAUUCAACUCCUCAAGUGAUCCAUGUCACCCCUGCACCACGAUGUGUGUGUCCUUUCAUGCACAUUUCAAAUUUAGGAGUUUUUGUUGUGUCACAUUUAAAGACUAAUGUACCUUUUUGUACCAUCUUCAGCCAGAUAAACCAUAAAUACACACCAGAUCUGCUACAGGUAACCAGUURCUAUUAAAAUGUCCAAGACUAUUAGAGUUUUAUAUUAAAAAACCCCACUUAUUUGUACAACUUUUGAUUACAAGUUCACUAAUUUACUCUCUAAAGUUAUUUGGAGAAGUUAUUUGAAUUYGGAGAAGACUCCCACCUCUGCAGAAGUUUUCUCCUGAAGCAGACAAUCCAAACCURAAACUUAGAAUCUUUCAAAAAGUUUCUGAAAUGGUGCCUUGUCCAGGAGAUAAUUACCUCAGAACCUGUCAGUUCCAAAAAGCCCCAAAAUGCCCCAAAUCCCUACAACCAUUCUUUCCCAUGUGGCAGAAGCCUCCCCCUCGUGCUGGAAUGCUGGGAGGCUGCUGGUCCUGCUCACCAGGGCAGGACAUUUAUUUGGGUUUUCUUAAUCAACAAUUGUAAAUGAGCAAUUACAAACUUAACUAAUGAUAAAUUUGAGUCCAAAACUCUUGUUCAACAGAGUCCAAAAUUAUAGAGAAAAAGCAAAAAAGGGGCAAAUUAGAAGUAACUUGAGUUUGUUUUUUUUUUUCACACCUUGGACAAUUUGUCUUAUUUACUACUGGAAAUCUUCCUGUAGCUGAACAAAAUGUAUUAUUUAUGCAGUAAUUUGUUUAAACUCUGCAUGACACAAUUGUAUGAUAAAGUCUGUGUAGUCCCAACAAGGAAAAUAUGUGUAUCCCAAUAAUUACCAUAUUCCUUCAAAUUCUCAUUUGGCUUCCUGCUGCAAAUACUCAGAGUAAUUCAGAAUUUAGACUGAUUAUUUUAGCACUGAGAGAGCUUAAGGAAAACAAGUAGCUCGUUCUGACACUCAGCAACAGCUUCAAAUCUCUUCUUCUGUGAACAGCUUUAAUCUAACAAGGUAAUUCA